AAACCAAAAUUUGCACAUACAAAUAAAGCUAUCAAAUUAAAACUAUUUUUUUGAGACAUAUAGUUUUUAUCAAAUAAUGCCUUCAAAGAAAGCUCAAUGGAAAACCUUUGUAUUUGGUUGUUUCAAAGACAACAAACAACAACCUUCAUUGGAAACACCAAAAAUGGUUUCAAAAAAGACAUGCUCAAGUAGAAUUUCACUUUCUGAUUUAAGUGAUUAUUCAUCGGUUUCUGUCAUGAGUGAUUUGUCCAAUUCUUUAGUAGGAUCAAAUCUUUAUAUUUUCACUUGCAAGGAACUCAAAGAGAUCACAAACAAUUUCAACAAAUCAAAUUUUCUUGGUGAAGGUGGAUUUGGCAAAGUUUACAAAGGUUUUAUUGAUGAUAAGUUUAGGCCUGCACUUCUUCCUCAAGUUGUAGCUGUUAAGGCCUUAAACUUGGAUGGAAAACAAGGUCAUAGAGAGUGGUUGGCUGAAGUUAUCUUUUUGGGGCAAUUGAAGCAUAGAAAUUUGGUUAAUUUAAUUGGCUAUUGUUGUGAAGAUGAACAUAGACUUCUUGUGUACGAAUACAUGGAGAGGGGAAAUCUAGAGGAAAAACUUUUCAAAGCUUAUUUAGCAACCUUGCCUUGGUUAACAAGAAUCAAAAUUGCAAUUGGAGCUGCAAAAGGACUAGCUUUUCUUCAUGAAGAAGAGAAACCAGUUAUUUAUAGAGAUAUUAAAGCCUCAAACAUUCUAUUAGAUGCUGAUUACAAUGCUAAGCUUUCAGAUUUUGGUUUGGCAAUUGAUGGACCAGAAAAAGAUCAAACACAUAUUACAACUCGUGUGAUGGGUACACAUGGUUAUGCUGCUCCUGAAUAUAUCAUGACAGGUCGUUUGACAACCAUGAGUGAUGUAUAUAGCUUUGGAGUUGUUCUUUUAGAGCUAAUAACUGGGAAAAAAUCUGUGGACAAAAAAAGACCAACAAGAGAACAAGAUUUGGUAGAAUGGGCAAGGCCAUUAUUGAAGGAUUCACACAAACUUGAAAGAAUAAUUGACUCAAGACUAGAGGAUCAAUACUCAAUUGAAGGAGCUAGAAAAUUAGCAACCUUGGCUUAUCAAUGUCUAAGCCAACAUGACAAAAGUAGGCCAACAAUGAGAACCGUUGUUAAAACCUUAGAGCCACUCAUGAAAUUAAAUGACAUUCCAAUUGGUCAUUUUGUUUAUGUGGCUCCUAGUGAGGUAACAAAUGUUGAAGUGUCACUAAAUGUGAAUAAAAAAGAAAAUGAGAUGUGUGAUGUGGACAACAAAAGUGUGGUGAAAACAAUAGAUGAAGAAAAGGGUUAUCAAAUUCGUCGAAAAAGUCGUAGCAAUCGACGACGGAUUAAGCCGUUGACGAAACCUCGUGAUGUAUACUCUGAUACAUCUUUGUAUAAGACUCUUGGAACUAAUUUAUAUUCACCUAAGCAAAACAAGUAGAAGCAUCAAGAAGAAGAAAUUUACCAGUAGCAGCAGAAGAUGGAACCUUAAUUCUCUUUGAUAUAAUAUAAUCAUAGAUAAAGUUAGGAGAAAAACAAAGAACAUAGGACAAGAAAGGAAAACAUAGUAAUUGUACAUCACAACAUACAGUUUUUGGUUUUUUUUUGGUGUUUUUUCAUUUUUUGGAGUUUGAUUUUGAUGUUUGCUUUUUGGAAAUUAAUUCCAUUUUGUUUUAAGGGGAUUGAUGUUACACAUACCUAAUUACUUCUUUAAAGAAAUAAUAGACAGUUUAAAUUUUACAUGUAUUACACAUUUAUCUAAUGUGUGUAGAAUAAACUUUAUGUAGUUUAAAUGGAACUUACCUUGUAUCAUAUAAAA